CUCAUGCGCCUUCAGCCAACCCACUGCCGCUCUUACAGAAGCUCCGCCCCCGGCCUGUCACGUGAUACCUGUCAAGCCUCACGCGCUUCCGCCCUUAGCCUGGUCACGUGUCUGUGACAUCACUGAACUGCGAGUUGUUUCGCUAAAAGUCAGAGAUGUUCCCGGCCCUCCGGCUUUUCUAUACCGGCCUUGCAAUCAAGAUCUGGGGGUCCCCCCGCUGCCCAGCGUCCCUCGCUGAACUACAGACAUGUGACAGUCAGAAGAGGCUGAGCAGUUCAGGGGGUCGGGGGAGCAACGAGGAGGUGCAGAAAGCACAGAGAGAAGCAGCAAGGAACAGAGUCUCCCCCACUUCUCCCACCAUCUUCUCUCGCAUCAUCGACAAGACCCUCCCUGCUGACAUCAUAUACGAGGAUGAGAAGUGCUUGGCUUUCCGGGAUGUGAAUCCUCAGGCUCCAGUUCAUUUCUUGGUUAUUCCUAGAAUUCCCAUCGCCCGGAUCAGCCACGUUAAUGCCAGUGACACAGAGCUCCUGGGACACCUACUGGUCACUGCCAACAGCCUGGCGCACAAGGAAGGACUGGCCGAUGGCUACAGACUGGUGAUUAAUGAUGGGAGACACGGAGCCCAGUCUGUGUAUCACUUGCACCUACACGUGAUCGGGGGGCGGCAGAUGGGGUGGCCUCCAGGAUAACGAGUUUCCACUAUGGGCGCCUCCUUCAUGCAAAUCUCCUCCUGCACCUGACACAUAUUUCCCAGCAUCCUCUCUGCCAGACCACUUUCAGUCACAUGAGUGUCCGCGGUUUAACUGUUUAAUCCUUUCUCUGUCUCCAUCCCAAGCCCAGUAUCUGUAUGAGACUUAACCCAUGACGUGCUGUGCCAGGCGCUGCCAAUUCUGCCUACAGGUAUCACAGCUGCUUCCUGUUUCCUCUCAGCCAAUCCCGUGUGCCGGAAAUUAAACCCUUUACUCACU